CUAGUUCUCAGCCAAUCAGCUGGAUGGGCAUUAGAAUUAAAAAUAAACAUAAUUGAUUUUCUGCCCGAAAGUAUACGUAAACGCGUAGGCGCUCCCACCUGGUAGUGCACCCGAUUGACCGACUUGCAACCUCCACGGGCAGCGAUGGGAUCCGACGACCAGAGCGCCGGGGACAGGAUCCAGAAGGGAUUCCAGAUCAACUACAUGAUUCUGCGGGAUGCCGACAGUGGAAAGAUAAUCUGGCAGGAGAACAAAGACUUCUCGGCACCGGACCAGGAGCACGAGGCGCGGGUGCCGGUCAAGAUACUGGACAUGCGGGCUGUUUCCCGGGAGAUCAACUUCAGCACCAUCGAGUCGAUGGAGAACUUUCGCCUUGACCAGAAGGUGCUCUUCAAGGGCCGCAUCAUGGAGGAGUGGUUCUUCGAGAUGGGAUUCGUGGGUGCCAACACCACCAACACCUGGCAGUCGACAAUCGAGGCGGCACCCGAAUCCCAGAUGAUGCCCGCCAAGGUCUUGAACGGCAAUGUGACUAUCCAAACCAGUUUCUACGACAACGAGACACUCAUCACCAAAUCGGUUGUGCGCCUGUACUACAUUUAGGCAACUGUGAGUCACCUGCCGUUCUGCUGCUCGACCAGGUGUUCUCGCAUCCCCUCACGAAUUCUUCUGGAUGUUCUUCAAGAUGUUCUGUACCCAACAUACAUAUAUACAUACUUCGCUUUAGAGUACUUCUGCAUUUCAAUGCAAUUGUUUGCGCGUUUAUGAACUAGUUGUAGCCUAAUGCAUUUUAACCUAAUUUUACGUUUAUCACAGUAACUUAUUAAUAAAGAUUAACAAUUGUAAUGUGCAUAAA